AUGAGUUCUUGUGCUGAAAGUGCUGCGCAACUAGAAAUGUUACGGGAGCGCAACAGAAAUCCAUCGGCGGUGUGCAAAUUCAUCGAGGCUCCAAGCUUCGACUUCUUAAUCCUUACAUACGUCGAGAAGCGAGUCGGGCCCAAUCUUCAAAUCAGACCCCGAUGUACUGCGUUCUAUAAACUCAGCUCGUCAUUUUGGCGACAGAGUAGCAGUCGUUGGGUGGUCAUGUCCUUCCCUCGUCUCUUCAGCCUUCUCUCCUUGGUCCUCAUUGUCUCCGCCGGAAGUUUAGUUCAACAUGAACAUCGCAAGUCUGCUCCCCCCGGAUUCACCAACAAAGGAGCGACUGCCGACAGCCACUCACUCACCCUCCGCUUCGGGUUGACUUCCAACAAUAUUCCUGGCCUCCACGAUAAGCUCUUAUCUAUCUCAACGCCAGGAAGUCCCGAGUUCAGGAAAUGGCUCACUCAAGACGAGGUCAAAUCUUUCGUUGCACCCUCCGCUGAUACGGUGAAAGCGUUCAACUCUUUUGCCUCCGCAAAUGGGCUCAAGACUACUGCCGUUUCGCCAUUCGGAGAAUGGGUGACCGUCGCGUUGCCCGUCUCCAAAGCCAAUAAACUCUUCGCCGCCAAAUACACCAACUUUACACACACCGAUCUGGCAGCCCCAAUUACGCGUACCCUGUCCAUUUCCUUACCUUCUGAACUUGUGGGCCAUAUCGAUGUCGUUCACCCAAGCACGGCCUUCACAGUUCCCGAAACGCGUCUGGGGCAACGUAUCCGACUCGACAGAACCGCGAAGCGAGAUGCGACUGCUCCUACUGAGUGCAACACGGAUGACCCAAACAACUCGAUCACACCAGCAUGCUUACAGGCUCUAUACCGUAUUCCCACGACCGCUGCAACACAAGAAAACAACGCGCUACUUGUCACUGGAUACGAAGAGCAAUGGGCUGAAAUCGACGACCUCCAGGCGUUCAUGAAGCAGUUCCGUCCCGACUACUCAGCUGGCUCAAAUCAAACUUUCCUCCGUCUGGCAAUUGAUGGUGGAACGAACCCUCAGUUCCCUAACUCUGCAGGCAUCGAGGCUCAGCUUGAUAUCGAAUAUACGGCAGGCGUGGCAACGGGAGUCCCACUGCAAUUCCUCACCGUUGGCGGAUUCGACUUCCCAACUGCAUUGCUAGACACUACGACCUUCCUCGCGAGCGACCCAUUCCCACCCACAGUCAUGACGACCUCAUACGGAGACAACGAGGAAAACUUCGGCCCUUCUUUGGCAACUAAGAUUUGCGAUGGUUACGCUGCUGCUACAGCUCGAGGCAUCUCUGUACUAUUUGCUUCGGGAGAUGGCGGCGUCAAUGGCGGCCACGACGAUGGUUUCGACUGUGGCCUCUUUAUCCCAGUCUUCCCAGCGUCUUGCCCCUAUUUGACCUCGGUUGGUUCGACUAUUGGCUUUAGCCCUGAGGUCGCCGUGAAUUUCACUGGAGGCGGGUUCUCAAAUGUCUUCCCUCAACCUUCCUACCAAUCAGAGGCCGUCGCUGCAUUCUUCAAAACCAUUCCUGCCAACUCCACGGGCGACUUUAACCGGACUGGACGGGGCUACCCCGAUAUGUCCCUCCAAGGCUGGAAUUUCCUCAUUACAGCUGAUGGAACAACUGGUGAUGUCAGUGGAACUUCAGCCUCAUCGCCGAGUGCUGCUGCUAUAAUCUCUCUUGUCAACGACCAACUUAUCGCGGCUGGUAAACCUCCCCUCGGUUUCCUCAACCCGUUCAUCUAUGCGAAUCCCUCGGCGUUCAACGAUAUCAAGAUUGGCCACAACUCGGGCUUUGAUUGUGACGAAUCAACGCAAGCCUUUGAUGCAGCUGCGGGGUGGGACCCACUCAGUGGGAUGGGCACUCCGGAUUACGAGCGCUUGUUAGCGGCCGCUUUGUACGCGUAA